AGAAUAAUUUAAAUAAUGAAUUUAAUGAUAAUUCUUAUAAUAAAUUUAGUGAUAGUUUUGAUAAUGAAUUAGAUAAUAAAUUUGAUUAUGAAUUAAAUAAUAAAUUAAAUUAUGAGUUUGAUAGUGAAUUAGAUGAUGAAUUUGAUAAUGCAUUAGAAAAUAGAUAUAAUGAUGAAUUAAAUAAUAAAUUAGAUGAUGAAUUAAAUGAUAAAUUAAAUGAUAAGCUAAAGGAAUUAAGUAAUAAAUUAAAUAAUAAUCUAAAUAAUUAUACAGAUAAUUAUUUGGAUAAUUAUUAUAAUAAUGAUAA